UGUUGGAGGAACUCAGCAGGUCAGGCAGCAUUCAUGGAGGGAAAUAAACAGUCGACGUUUUGAGCCAAGACCCUUCGUCAGGACUGGAAAGGAAGAGGGCAGAAGCCAGAAUAAGAAGGUCGGGGGAAGGGGAGGAGCACACGCAGGCAGGUAAAAGAUUCUAAAAUGGCUAACAAGAAGCUAUUACUGGUGGAUGUUGACUGUGGGUUGGAUGAUGCCCAGGCAAUUAUGAUGGCCCUCGGAGUUCCUAAUGUGCAAGUCCUGGGCAUUACAUGUUGCCACGGAAACACAUCCAUUGAUAAUGUGUGCUGAAAUGUGCUCAGAGUGUUAAAAGCUUGCAGGAUGACUGAGAUCCCAGUGUUCCGGGGUAUUAGUAGCCCCCUCCUUGGGCAAAGUUUGGAUUCUUCAGCUUUCCAUGGAAAGGAUGGGCUGGGUGAUGUCCCAGACCCCAGCGCUCCAGGACUGGAACAUCUGCAGAGCGAGCACGCAGUGAAUGCCAUGGUGCGGAUAGUCACUGAACAUGCUGGACAGAUUUCUCUUGUGGCACUUGGUCCCCUGACUAACGUAGCUCUGGCACAUAAAAUGGACCCAACAUUUUCUACAAAGCUGAAACAUCUGUACAUCAUGGGCGGAAACAUGGAAGGCACAGGGAAUAUAACCAUCUGUGGGGAGUUUAACUUUGCCACUGACCCAGAGGCUGCUUCCAUUGUCUUGAAUCAGUUCUUGUGUCCAACCUACAUAGCCACAUGGGAGUACACCCUGCACCAUAGACUGCCUUGGGAGUUCUUUGAUGAAUGGGUAAAUCAAGGCACUGAGAAGGCUUGCUUCAUGAAGACUAUAACAAGACACAUGAGAAAAGACAAAACAGUUGAGCAAAAAGAUGGAGAAUCUCAUGUGGAACCAUCUUUUAACUCCUGUGAUUGUUAUGCAAUGGCAGUUGCCAUUGAUGAGAGUGUUGUCACUGAAUAUAUCCGGUGCAGUGUAAGUGUGGAGUUACAGGGGUCACUGACCAGAGGGAUGAUGGUUAUGGAUACACUAAACCUCCUGGGAAAGCAAAACCAAGCCUUUGUUAUGAGAAAAUGUGACAUUGAGAAAUUUAAGCAGCUAAUGAUGGCUGCUCUGAAGUAGACAGUGGGAGGGUUUAAUCGUAAUUGUGGAAAGGAAGUUGGCUACCACCAAUAGAUUUUAUAAAGGUCAUACUGAGAUGAUAAUUGGUUUAAUUUUGUAAUGUGUACUGAGAUGCAGUGAAAAGCUUUUGUUCACAUGCUAUCCAGACAGACCAUUCCAUACACAAGUAUAUUGAGGUAGUACAAAAAGGUGGGGGGGUGGGGGCAGAAUAUAGUGUUACAGUUGCAGAAAGUGCAGUUCAAGUAGACAAAGUGCAAGGGGCAUGACAAGGUAGACUGAGAGAGCAAGAGUUCAUCUUUAUUGGAGUUUAGCAGAGAAUUACCUCCAACAUUUGCACUUAAUUGAGCUUGUGCCUCAAAAACAACCAGAACUUCUAACAGUGCAAAUAGUUGAUUUUACAAAUCCAGGGUAUAAGAGUUUCAAUUUGUGAUGUUUUAUCCAUCAAGUCAUCAAUAGCUUCUGUGGGUGGUCAACUAACUUAAUCAUGGACUCUAUCCCAAUAGCCAGCUUCAACCUCAGUUACCAGCUGAAGUAGAGGUGCUGGGAAAACCAGAAUACUGGCAUUACAAAGUCAAAGUUGAGUUUGUCGUGUGCACAGGUGUAAUUAAAAACUUUGCUUGCAGCAGAAUCACAGGCACAUAACAUCAGAUAAACAGCAUUCACAAGAAAAACAUAAAUUAGACUUUGUAAAAAAAAAAGUCACUUAUUUUAGUGCAAGGUGGUCAUAAUGUUAAACUGUAGUGGUUAAGGUUGUGCAGGUUGAUCAUGAACUGAAUGGUUGAAGGGAAGUAGCUGUUCUUGAACCUGGUAGUGAAGAAUUCAGGUUCUGUACCUCCUGGUAGCUGUGAGAUAGCAUGGCCUGGAUGUUGGGGAUCUUUUGGAUGUUGCCUUCUUCAGGCAGUGCCUCCUGUAGAUUCUAUCAAUGGUAGGGAGGGAUGUGCCCGUGAUGUAUUGGGCAGAGUCCACUACUCUCUCCAACUUGCAUUCCUGUGUGUACGAAUUGCUGUACCAGACCAUGAUGUGACCAGCUAGGAUACUUUCAACAGUACAUCUGUGGAGGUUUAUUAGGGUGUUUGUUGAUGUGCUGAACUGAGAAAGUAAAAGAAGCAGACCAAGUCCUCAAAUCCUGAACUCUACUUGAAAAUUUGGCCCAUUUCAUGAAAUGGUUACAGUAUGGAAGGCAGCUGUUCUUUCCCUUAUCUGUGCAUUGGCUCUUCAUCCAAUCAACUCCAGUUUCACCACCCAGAUCUUUCUCACUAGCCUUGAAAAUUCUUCUUUCACCAUAAUAUUUAUCCAAUUCCCUCUAAAGGCCACACUGGAGGCAGUGCAUUCCAGAUUCCAACCACAGACUGUGCAUAUUACUAUUCUCUUGCUUUACCUGUGGCCUUCACUUCAGUGGGAACAACUUUCCUCUGUCCACCAUGUCCAAACCUAGCAUUCUGUUAGCUUCUGGAAACAUAAGAGACUGCAGGUGCCAGAAUCUGGAGCAAAAGGUAAACUGUUGGAAGAACUCAGCAGGUCAAACAGUAUCUGGGGAGGCAAAGGGAUGACCAAUGUUUUGGGUUGAAACUCUGCAUUAGAUCCUGACGCAGGGUCUUGACCUGAAAUGCUCAACCCACUGAGUUCUUCCAGUUUAUUUUUUUUUUGUUUUUCUUUGCUUCUUUCUGCUCUCUAAAGAAAACAGCCCCAUUCUCCCUAAUCUAUACUUGUAACUGUAGUCUUUCACUGCAGGAACCAUGUUUGUAUAUGUUUACUGGACUUCAUUUAAUGUCUUUGUACCCUUUCUGUAAUGGGGUGAUCAGAAUUGAACACAGUAUUGGAGGCUGGACCAGUGUUUUAUAAAGGUUCAGCUUGACUACCCUGCUUUCAUAUUGUCUUUGAGAAUAAUGUCAUUAACCUCUGUAAGUGGCAGGGUAGGUUGAGAACACCUUUUGGAACAGUAUUCUUUAUUCAAUAUUGCCUCUCAAUUUGGGCCAAAGGGCCUGUUUCCGUGCUGUAUAACUAUGAAUCAAUGAAUUACGCAAAGUGGCUCAGCAGAUUGAAAUAUUUCUUGAACUUGUUUAUUGUAGCAAUAAAUGGUCAGACUUUUAAUGCUGCUUUAAUUAUUAGAAUACUCUUGCUAUUGACUUUUGGCACAGAGUUUAGUAAUACCUGCCCCAGCAAUGUUGGAACCCUUCCAGUUACCACAAUUCAGCUGCACUGAGUGGGAGUGCAGCAAAUGAGAUGUGU